AUGUCAGUGGAGCAAUGGGUCAGUGAUGAACUUCAUGCAAUUGUUGGUAUCAGUGAUCGAACAAUUUGUCAAUAUGUCCUCGCCCUCGCCCGGAAAAGUAGUAACACAGAAGAUUUCAUUGGCAAACUUAAAGACAAUGAUGCUCUGGAGAUUAACGACAGUGUACGACGGUUCGCCUCACAGCUUAUGAAUAAGCUUCCAAGAGCGGCUCCAAAACAAACAGUACGUAAAGGACCUUCUGCUGCCGAACUUCGCGAGCGGGAGUUGGUGCGAUUGAGCAACACCAUGACAGUUUUAGAGGAAGAAGAAGAACCGGUUUACACGAAGAAGUCUUCCCAUCAUCAGCGAAAACGACGUGAAAGUAGUAGUGACGAUGAGGUUCCGCAGUCAUCGAAAAAGACGGAGGUUAAACAGGAAAAGAGAAAGGAAGCAUCCAGCGACUCCGAUUUUGAAGCCAUUGAGGGAGAACUCGAUCGUGACAUCAAAGAAAGAGAUGAGCUGGCAGCUAGGAUACGGAAAAGAGAAAAAGAGAAAACUCGUAACGUUCUCGAACAGAAAAGGAAGAUACCGGACAACAAGGACAAGGAGGCGUAUUCUAUUGAUAAAUUACGUGAAGAGUCACGUCGACAAUAUCUUGCCAAGAGAAAAGAGGACAAGCUCGAUGAGUUGCGAAAGGUCGUACAUGACGAUGAAGUACUAUUUGCCAAUGAAGACCUGACCGAACGAGAAAGGAAAGAUAUGGAAUACCGCAAGAAGGUAUUGGAGUACGCCGAACAACACGAGAAAGCCGCUGAUAUCAUGAAAACGAAAAGGUAUUACGUUCCUGAUGCAAAAGUCAAGUCAAUUCCUACAGAGUACGUCGAGGAAACGGAAGAAGUCCGACAUGGAGGUGAUGGCGCCAAGUGGGAGCAUGAACAGCUUCUGGCGAGUAUGUUGCAUUAUGGUGCAAAGGAUGCGAAAUCGAAACAAGAGGAGUUUGAGUUGUUGCUGGACGACAAGAUUGAUUUCAUUCAAGCUCUUCAAAUGCCUGGUACUUUAGACGAAAAGGAUGAAGAAAUUACUGCUGCCCAGAAGAGAAAGAUGACGAUAGAGGAGACCCGAAAGUCGCUUCCAGUGUAUGCGUUUCGAGAGCAGUUCAUUGAAGCUGUCAAAGAACAUCAGAUUCUCAUCAUAGAGGGAGAGACUGGUUCUGGGAAGACCACGCAGCUGCCGCAAUAUCUUUAUGAAGCCGGUUUCUGCAAAGACGGGAAGAAAAUCGGUUGCACUCAACCACGUCGGGUGGCAGCGAUGUCCGUAGCAGCGAGAGUAGCUGAAGAAGUGGGCUGUAAAUUAGGAAUGCAGGUUGGUUACAGUAUCCGAUUUGAAGACUGCACUUCAGAGAAAACUGUUUUGAAAUACAUGACAGAUGGAAUGUUAUUACGUGAAUUUUUGAACGAGCCGGACCUUGCAAGUUACUGUGUAAUGAUGAUCGAUGAAGCUCACGAAAGGACUUUACAUACUGAUAUACUUUUCGGUCUUGUGAAGGAUAUAGCUAGGUUUAGAAAGGACUUGAAACUCUUGAUUUCUUCCGCUACCCUCGAUGCCGAAAAGUUUUCGACAUUUUUCGAUGACGCUCCAAUUUUCCGAAUACCUGGAAGAAGAUUCCCUGUUGACAUCUACUAUACGCAAGCUCCGGAAGCCGAUUACAUGGAUGCCGUUAUGGUUACAGUCAUGCAAAUUCACCUCACCCAGCCACUACCUGGUGACAUCCUCGUGUUUCUAACGGGUCAGGAGGAAAUCGAGUCAGUACAGGAAGCUCUCAUGGAGAAAACUAAGGCCUUGGGAAGCAAAAUCAAGGAGUUAAUUCCACUUCCCAUUUACGCAAAUUUACCAUCUGACCUGCAGGCAAAGAUUUUCGAACCGACACCGCCCAAUGCUAGAAAGGUAAUCCUUGCCACAAACAUCGCAGAAACCUCUGUUACAAUUGAUGGUAUUUGUUAUGUCAUCGAUCCGGGCUUCUCUAAACAGAAUUCCUUCGAUGCAAGGAGUGGAGUUGAACACUUGCAUGUGGUCACAAUCUCAAAGGCGUCAGCCAAUCAGAGAGCUGGACGAGCAGGGCGAACAGGACCAGGGAAGUGUUUCCGCCUCUACACAGCAUGGGCAUACAAACAUGAACUCGAAGACCAACCAAUACCUGAAAUUCAACGAACAAAUUUGGGUAAUGUGGUGUUGAUGUUGAAAUCUCUGGGAAUCCAUGAUCUCGUACAUUUCGAUUUUCUCGAUCCGCCACCUCAAGAGACUCUAGUAAUUGCUUUGGAACAACUGUAUGCUCUUGGAGCUCUUAAUCACCGAGGAGAACUAACCAAACUAGGGCGACGCAUGGCUGAGUUUCCUUGUGAUCCAUGUAUGAGCAAAAUGAUAAUUGCUAGCGAAAAGUACGGAUGUUCAGAAGAAAUCCUUACAAUUUGUGCCAUGCUAUCUUGUAAUGCCGCCGUGUUCUAUCGACCAAAAGCUAUGAUUAUACAUGCGGACUCAGCAAGAAAAGCAUUCUGGAGUCCUGCUGGUGAUCAUAUUACCCUUAUGAAUGUCUAUAACAAGUGGAAGGAGACAAACUACUCGCAGCAAUGGUGCAUGGAGAAUUUUGUGCAACAUCGUACAAUGAAGAAAGCGAGGGAUAUUCGCGAUCAACUUGAGGGACUACUCGAACGAGUCGAAAUUGAACCUAAGUCCAGUUCAUGCACCAUUGCUAUACGAAAAGCCAUAACUGCAGGAUACUUUUACAACUGUUCCAAAUUGGAUAAUUCUGGGCAUUACAAAACAGUGAAGCACAAACACACCGUGCAUGUCCAUCCCAAUUCCUGUUUAUUUGAGGAGUUACCUCGAUGGGUUGUCUACUAUGAACUCGUAUUCACAAGCAAGGAAUUUAUGAGAGAAAUCUCUCAAAUAGAAAGCUCCUGGUUGUUGGAAGUUGCUCCUCAUUACUACAAAGGACGUGAACUUGAAGAUGCUACCAAUAAAAAGAUGCCUAAGCAGAGGGGGAAAUCGGCACAGGAACUGCAUGGGUAA